AUGGCUUCGAUCCUGGAACAGAUCCCCCUGCCCACCGUGGACCGCCCCUUUGGCGUCCACCUAUGGCCCAUCUUCGACAAGGCUUGGACCGCUGUUGUCGGCUACCCUACCGCCGACUUCAAGUUUGUGCCUUUCGAGACGCCGAUGUCGACCCUCAAGUCGACCUCCAUCUUCAUUGUCGUCUACUAUGCCAUCAUCUUUGGCGGCCGCGCUCUCAUGCGCAACCGUGAGCCCUUCCAGCUCAAGACCCUCUUCCUCAUCCACAACUUCUACUUGACCGCUAUCAGCGGUAUCCUCCUGGUUCUCUUCAUCGAGCAGCUCGUUCCCACGGUUGUCCGCGGCGGCGUCUUCCAUGCCAUCUGCGACCACUCUGGCGGUUGGACCCAACCCCUGGUUGUGCUCUACUACUUGAACUACCUCACCAAGUACCUUGAGCUCCUCGACACCGUGUUCCUGUUCCUUAAGAAGAAGCCUCUCACCUUCCUCCACUGCUACCACCACGGCGCCACUGCUCUCCUCUGCUACACCCAGCUCAUCGGCUCGACCGCCGUCUCUUGGGUUCCCAUCACCCUGAACCUAACCGUCCACGUCGUCAUGUACUGGUACUACUUCCAGAGCGCCCGUGGCAUCCGCAUCUGGUGGAAGGAGUGGGUCACCCGCCUCCAGAUCAUCCAGUUCAUCAUUGAUCUUGGCUUCGUCUACUUUGCCUCGUACACUUACUUCACCUCGACCUACUUCUCCUGGUUGCCCAACGCUGGCAGCUGCGCCGGCGAGGAGUUUGCCGCGUUCGCCGGUAUGGGAAUCCUGUCGUCUUACCUGGUGCUCUUCAUCUCGUUCUACUUCGCCACGUACAAGAAGGGCAGCAAGCAGACCACGCGCAAGUCUCUGCGCCGCAUGUCACAGGCUCCUCUUCCCGACCCCCUCGCUGUUGCCGCUGCCACCAACGGCCACGCCAACGGCAAGACGAACGGUGCUACCUCGACCGGGGCCAAGACCAACGGCGCGACUACCCGCUCCCGCAAGGCUUAG